GGAAGCGGAGGCAAACAGAAACCCUAAUUGCCUCACGCUUUUUCCGAGGUUUUCUCUUCAGAUCGAAGAAGGGUAGCGAGAUGGCUGAAGCCUACUGGGGGUACGCCGAUCCACGCCAACAGGUACCGAUGGCUCCACCGCAGCCGACUCCGUUGAAGCGUCCUCGCCCGGAUUAUGGUGGUGCUCCUGAGAUGCUGGGUUACUAUCCGAGGGAAGAAGAAAGGACAACACAUCAUGCCGUUAAAGAUACAGAGGCCAUCAAUGCAUCAUAUGAUCGUUAUUUGCAAAAUGGAAUUCCUUCCUAUUCUAAUGCAGAACUUGUUCGGCCUGUUGGAGGACUGAAUGGUCGCCCUGUUGAAGCUCCACGUCUACCAAUAGUCGGAGGCAUGGAUAGCCGGGUCAUCGGCGGCUAUAGUAGAGGUAGAACUGAAGCACCUCUUCCACAGGAUGCAUCGAAUACUUUAUUUGUGGAGGGCCUUCCUGCAAACUGUACACGCAGAGAAGUGUCUCAUAUUUUUCGUCCUUUUAUAGGCUUUCAGGAAGUGAGACUUGUGAACAAGGGAUCCAGACAUUCUGGAGGAGAUCCACUAGUGCUGUGCUUUGUCGAUUUUGUCACUGCCAAUCAAGCCGCAAAUGCCAUGGAUGCCUUGCAAGGUUAUCGAUUCGAUGAGCGAGACCGAGAUUCGGCCUCUUUAAGGCUGCAAUUCGCUCGAUUUCCGGGUCCAAGGCCAUCCGGCGGACCUCGUAGUAGGCGUUGAUUUUAUCCGGUUUCUAUUUCGCGUGGCGAGCGACGAUCUCGGUAUUUUAUGACACCUACGCACGCGGAUUUAGAACUCGUUCCUUCGUUUGUUCGUUACUGGCGUUGUGUCACGUGAAGCGUUCGUUACUGGGAAAUUACUAUCCGACUUUCAUUUUCCUGUAGAAUACUGCUUAUCUUAUUUAUGUUUUCCUCCAUUGGAAUACUUUAGACAUCCCUUAUGGCGGUCGUACUGUAACGCUUUGUAUGGCAUUUGGUGUUUUGUUUUAUUAUUGAUAACUGGUUACUUUUUCGUUA